UCGAACUCGUCCUGCAUUUAAAUGGACCUUGAACCCAACCUUAUGCUUCUCUAAAUCUCAAAAAAAAAAAAAAAAAGGAGCGACCAAAAUAAAAUCAUUAAAAGAAAAAAAAAGAAGAAGAAUGAACAGAAACUCUAGUGGAGACGAGUGGUUACAGUACUUCGAACAACAAGUACAGGAGAUGGGUCGGUCGGUCAACGCCCUCGACAUGACGUCAUCGUCGGAAUCUUUCACCGUAUGCCACGUGGCAGCGCCGGAGAACGCCGGACGGAGACCUAGGACAUCGAGGAGAGCCAAACCCACGACUCUGCUCAACGCAAACCCUAGCAACUUCCGAGCCAUAGUUCAGCAGUUCACCGGCUGUUCCUCCGCCGGAGAAAACUCCGUCCGGAGAAGAGGUCCGGUGACUUUGAACUUCGGGUCGCCGAGCUCGGUCUCGGAGGAAGACGUUUUCCCGCGCUCAGGCGAUGGCGGAUACCAGCGGAAUUACGAUAAUGCCCUUCACGGUUCUUGGCCGCCGCGGCGCGAGGAAAACGGUGCCGGAGGUAAGGGAAGGGCGUCGUAUGGGAUGGCCCAUGAAAGCGGUCUGAUGUCGCAUGGUUCGAGUGAUGAUCAUCAUCAUCAUGAUCAUCACCAUGAUGAUGGUGUCACGAGGGAAUAUUCGGGGAAUACUAGUUCUGAUAUGUAUAUUGAUUAUGAUGAUAUUUCCCAGGGUGAACUCUUUGACACCACUAUGUUUCAGGAGUUCACGAAGGGUGAUAUCGAUAGGAUGCUUGAUUAGUAUAUAUAUAUAUAUAUAUAAACGUUAGGGAAAUAUAUAACUCGAUUUCUUCAACAA